GUCGGCUGUCUGUAGGCUGCCAGAGCACUCCUUGGAGGACCUACUACCACUUGGGAUGCUUCAAAGAGUCGCGAACUGGGCGGGCCGAGCCGCGGCCGAAUUUUCUGACCAGGAUAAGUCACUUCCGAUCAGAGUCCCUCCUCCGGAAGUAAAGCCUGAUGUAAACACUGGAGCACCUAGGCCCUGGAGGUCAGGAAACCGAGCCGCUGGCGGCAUCGACUGUUGGGGACGGGUUGGGAGACGCGUGAAGUUCAAGUCAGCGAAGGCAACGUGAAGGUGGAGCAGGAUCCCACGGUUGGUCGGGGUCAUCAGGGGAGUAAUCCUGGACCAUGACUCAUCAGCCACUUCGAGGAGUGACCAGCCUACGUUUCAACCAAGAUCAAAGCUGCUUUUGCUGUGCCAUGGAAACAGGUGUACGCAUCUAUAAUGUGGAACCACUGAUGGAGAAGGGGCAUCUGGACCACGAGCAGGUGGGCAGCAUGGGCCUGGUAGAGAUGCUACACCGUUCCAACCUGCUGGCCCUGGUGGGUGGUGGUAGCAGCCCCAAGUUCUCAGAGAUCUCAGUGCUGAUCUGGGAUGAUGCCCGAGAAGGCAAGGACUCCAAGGACAAACUGGUGCUGGAAUUCACCUUCACCAAGCCAGUGCUGGCUGUGCGCAUGCGCCAUGACAAGAUCGUGAUUGUACUGAGGAACCGCAUCUAUGUGUACUCCUUUCCUGACAAUCCCCGAAAGCUCUUUGAGUUUGAUACUCGGGACAACCCCAAGGGGCUUUGUGACCUCUGCCCAAGCCUGGAGAAGCAAUUGCUUGUGUUCCCUGGGCACAAAUGUGGAAGUCUGCAACUUGUGGACCUGGCAAGCACAAAGCCUGGCACUUCAUCUGCUCCAUUCACCAUCAAUGCACAUCAGAGUGAUGUGGCCUGUGUGUCCCUGAACCAGCCAGGCACUGUAGUGGCCUCAGCCUCCCAGAAAGGCACCCUUAUUCGUCUUUUUGACACCCAGUCAAAAGAAAAACUGGUGGAGCUGCGCAGAGGCACUGACCCUGCCACCCUAUACUGCAUUAACUUCAGCCACGACUCCUCCUUCCUCUGUGCUUCCAGUGAUAAGGGCACUGUCCAUAUCUUUGCUCUCAAAGAUACUCGCCUCAACCGCCGGUCUGCGCUGGCUCGAGUGGGCAAGGUGGGACCUAUGAUUGGACAGUACGUCGACUCUCAGUGGAGCCUGGCAAGUUUUACUGUGCCUGCCGAGUCAGCAUGUAUCUGUGCCUUUGGUCGCAAUACUUCCAAGAACGUCAACUCUGUAAUUGCCAUCUGCGUUGAUGGGACCUUCCACAAAUAUGUCUUCACUCCUGAUGGAAACUGCAACAGAGAGGCAUUCGACGUAUACCUUGACAUCUGUGAUGAUGAUGACUUUUAAGGACCCUGGAAACUGCUAGAAACCUGCAGGAAUAAAUUGCAGAACUGAACUGUGGGGCUGGAAAGCAUGGAAGUCACUAGCCAGCAAGCAGAGUAUGAUGCCCACUUCGUUCAAGCAGAGCUGUCUAACAGCUCACAAGCACUUUUUCAUGACUGCUGUGUCUAAGGGCCUAGCAAAAGCCCAAGGGAGGCAGCACCAUCCCAGGGUGCCUAUCCUGGAGAAGAUUCAUUGGGACCCUGAGUGUCCAAAUCCAAUUUUGAGAUUUAAAAAGCUAAUCAAAGCCAGGCGUGGUGGUGCACGCCUUUAAUCCCAGUACUCAGGAGGUUGAGGUAGGAUUUCUGUGUUCAAGGCCACCCUGAGACUACAUAGUGAAAUCCAGGUCAGCCUGGACUA